UUACUUGCUACCAAAAGCGGCAUUCAUUUUCUUGGAAUUAUCCUUCAAAUCGCGUGUUAAAACUUUGAAAAAAAAAAUAAAAUAAAAAUGUCAGAUUCCUUUUCAAGUACCAGUUUUGACAAUAAUGAUAAACAAAAAGGCAUUGAAAGCGAACUUCAAGAUUUAUUAGAAACGGAAAAAACUCAAAUGGAAUUUAACUCGAAGUUGCACGAGUUUAACAGUAUAUGUUGGGACGUAUGCGUUGAUCGACCAUCCCCGAAAUUGGAGAGUAAAACAGAGAAAUGUUUAAAAAAUUGUGUCGAUAGAUUUAUAGAUACAUCUCUUUUUAUCACAACUAGAUAUGCUCAAAUGUUACAGAAAAGUUUGUAAUUUUUUUAUUGUGUUUUUUUUUUAAAUAAGUUGAAAUAAAUAAGUGUAGGUAAUAUAA